AUGUUCGCCGCAGGACGAGAUACGAAGUGGAUGCGGCACAGGAACGGUAUCAGGAUCGUGCGCCGCGUGAGUGGCACGGUUAUCAAUCAGCUGAGGCCGGCGGCGAAACAGAAUCAGAUGGGUUCUGGUUGGCGUCCGCAGAGCCCGCUCGGCGAGGAGGAGAGGGGGCGAGGAGGGGAUCGGAGGAGGACGCCGGAUCGGACGCAUAAGGGCUCAGGAGGCAGGGCGAGAUUGGAGACGACGGAGCAUGCUGAUUCGUUCGAUCGCGUCGCGAGUGCCAAGAGGACGCCUGUCAUCUCACCCGCGCCCGCUGUGUCCGCGUACGCGUCCUACUUCCCACAGAGCGCCACACGCCUCGCAGGGACUCAGCUCUCUCCAAAUCGUUGCGUGGUUCACAGCGAGACGCGCAACCACGAGCACGGCACCGAACCUCCACCCAUCCUCAUUCUCAUGAUCACUCCCUUGGCCAAGCGGUAUGAUCUAUAUCUGACAUCCUCACGCUAA